UACAUUGAUAAACGAUGCAGAUUACACUCGUACAUGGCCUUUUGUCGGCUCUACUCGCAGUGUCACUGCUGUCAACUAGAGCAUAUGCCCGACGUUUGCCCCCCCCAGAGGUGCUCUCAUUCAAAGGCGAGCAGGAGAUGGUAAUUCCCCAAAGUGCCAUAGCCAUAGCCGCCCCUACAGCCAUAGCUACAGCAACAGCGACAGCAGCCGAAACCGAUGUUGAGUAUACCAGGGCCAACUCGACCAGCUCCAGAGAGAUCAAAAAAGAGUCAACGAAUCUUGUGGCACGAGAAGCAACGGAAGGAGCUCCCGCUGUGAAGCACAUUCGUCGAGCGAAACGAGAAUUUUUUGUGGAUACCCCGUUCGACUUUCACACGACGCACUUGUUCUGCGACAUCGACGUGCGGGGCAGACACCACAUCAUCUGGUUCUACCCGAAUCACUGCAUUUGGGUCUGGAACAACAAGUACGUCCACGAGGGAUUCUACCGCCUCUACAAGAUGUACCAGCUGGAGGCCUUCUUCUUUGGCCAGUGGAAUGUGCGCCUCUUCCAGUACGAGUUCGAGAAGCCCAGUUUUUUCGAAUACUAGGAUUGGAUUACGUAGUGCCUUUUGCCGCUGCAACUGCGACCUCCGCGAUUGCUCCUGUUGCUUGUGUCGUCAAGCUGACACUUGUAUCAAGGCAACUGUUUCGAGUACCGUUGUGAUUAAGUCGAGAAACGAGGUUUUUUUUUGGUGCUAUUUUAAUUGUAGUAACUGUUUUUGAUUAAUAUGUGGAUUGUGACAUGAUUAAACAUGUUUCGCACUCUA